AUGGCGCUGCUGCCCGCGCUGCUGCUGCUGCUCCUGCCCCUGGCGGCGCUGGCGGCGGCCGCCGUGCUGCUCGGCCUGCCCGGCUACGACAUCCCGCCCGGGGUGAACCAGCCGGCCAAGCUGCGCCUGGUGCUGACCGUGCUGCUCGGCACCGCCGCGCUGGGAAGGAUUUUGGAGAAGACUGGGCUUUGCAGCCAAAUCACUUUUGGCCGAUACGUGCGACAGGGACGGAAACUAGGGUUGGAUCCAAAGCUCUUUAUCCAGGAUGUGCAGUUUAACAAAGUACCUGUGAGGGUUUAUCAGCCUAAAGCUACCUCGGAUGGACCAAGGAGAGGCAUCCUCUUCUUUCAUGGAGGAGGCUGGGUAUUCGGAAGCCUUGAUACCUAUGAAAAGGUGUGUCGCUACCUCUCCAGGGAGAGUGACUCAGUGGUAGUGUCUGUGCAGUACCGUUUAGCCCCCGAGCACAAAUACCCCGCUGCGUACGAGGACUGUCUGAGCGCCACGCAGCACUUCCUGCAGCACCUGCAGCACUACGCCGUGGAUCCCGCCCGCGUCACUGUCUGCGGGGACAGUGCUGGGGGCAACCUGGCAGCUGCUGUGAGCCAGACCCUGGCAGGCAGGUCAGACCUCCCCAGGCUCCGUGCUCAGAUCCUCAUCUACCCAGGCCUUCAGGCUCUGGACUUCAAUUUACCAUCCUACCAACAGAAUCGGGGAGUCCCUCUGCUAUUCCGGGAACGUGCUGCUUUCUUUGCUUUGCUGUACCUCAAUGGGGAUGCACUGCACAUGCAAGAGGUCUUGGAGGGCUCUCAUAUUCCUCCAGACAUGAGGCUGAAGUAUAGGAAGUGGGUGAGUCCAGACAACAUCCCUGAGGAAUUUAAGGUCAGAGGUGUGAAGCCAUUUAGGCCCACUGAUUUUAUAGCUGAAGUUUAUGAGACAGUGAAGAGAUUCUGUGAGCCCAACCUGUGCCCGCUGUUGGCUGAAGACUCUGUUGUUCACCAGCUGCCAGAAUCUUUCAUCCUGACCUGCGAGUACGACGUGCUGCGGGACGAUGGCUUGUUGUACAAGAAGAGGCUGGAGGACAACGGGGUUCCAGUGACCUGGUACCACCUUGAAGAUGGAUUCCAUGGAAUCAUAAGCUUGUAUGAUUAUUGUGGUGUGUCAUUUCCAUCUGGGAAAAAGGGAUUGGACAGUGUUGUUAACUUCCUAAAAAGCUUAUAGUAAACAUCUUAGAUUCCAUGAGUCUGUUCAUACUUCAACCUAGGAAAAUAUCUUUUUAGGAUAUUUAAUAUCAGGUUGUGGUAGUGAAUCAGGGGCAGCCAUUAACAGUGAUAAACAAAGCUCAUCAGAACCUAAUUCCAGCUGUUUGUUGGAACAUGGAAUAUGCAAACCUUACACAAGCUUGUACCAUGCUGCAAGCCCUUGUCUUUAGCUCUGUUAGUAGCAAACAGCUCUUUGAACAGACGUCCUGGUUUGUUCCAGUUCUUUAAAAUAAAAUAUAUCUGAGUGAAGAGAAA